CGCAAUAAAGGUUAGGUACGUUACCCUCUCCCCCUUGGUGGAGUUUGACAACAGAGAGUCUGGACGCUUGGCUUUAACGGAAACAGACAUGGUACUAGACAGAAAACGUUCAUAUUUGUCGCCGGUAGUUCUCGAUUAGAAUGCCCCAGAUGAGUCAGCUUCAGGACUUUGUGGUCUAAGGGGGGCCUUGUGGUGCUCGACCAUCGAAUACGUCACCGUGACCGGUACAUUUUCAAGACGAUCCAGAGCUAAGCUCCAAAACGCGAAUCUAUAAGGUCGACACAGAAGCUUCGUAGAGCUCUGGGUUUCCCAUGUUCAACCGCAAUCACAUUCUCAACUCAACUCAUUUCUGGAUCUUUUCUUCUGUCCUACCAAAAGUUUGUCUCUGUAAGAAUUAGAGCAUUGUUCCGAAAGCAAAAGAAAAAAUGUCGGCCUCAAUCCGCUCCCUCAGACUCGCGCAGCGAGCUCCGCGAAUGCUCUCGCGCGCAACCCGCACCUCCAUGCCAUCCCACCAACAAACCCGCCACCUCAGCACCGAGACCGCGCCCGUCCUCUAUUCAGCCCACGCCAAGGUCGUCGGCGCCCGAACGGGCCACGUCGAGGGCGACGACCUGCGCGUGGACCUGACCAUGGCGAAAGCCCUCGGCGGACCGGGGGAUAAAGGCAAGACGAACCCGGAGGAGCUGUUUGCCGCGGGGUACGGCGCGUGUUUCCAGAGCGCGAUGAAUGCGUCGGCGGCGAGUUUGGGGGUGACGAUGCCGCGGAAGCCUGAGGAUAGUGUGGUGGAGGCGACUGUGCACUUGGUGGGGGAUAUGAAGAAGCUUGAUAUGGGACUGAGGGUUGAUUUGAAGGUUAGGGUGAAGGGGUUGAGCAAGGAGGACGUGAAGAGGGUUGUGGGGAGGGCGGAGGAGGUUUGUCCUUAUUCGAGGGCGACGAGGGGGAAUGUUGCUACGAGGGUUGAGGUUGUUGGGUUUGAGAAGGGGGCGAAGGAGAGUGGUGGGGAGAAGAGUGAGGCGGAGAGCGGCGAGAAGAAGGGGGGUUCGGAUAAGAUGUCUGGUGUUGAGCCUAAGGGGCAUAGCGAUUACCAGUGAGGAUGAGUCUCGGCACAUGUAUAAUAAUUGGAUCGGAGGCUGUGACAUCAAUAAGCUCGCUAUGCAGGUUAAUAGGGGCAUUAUUAUAAUCUAGAAUACACAUUGCCAUCAUAUGGCCAUGUGUUUCUGUGAACCCCCCAGUAAAGACGAAUCUAUCUUGUUCAAACACCUUUCAAA